GCGACAGCGCAGGUCUGGGCGCGCGCCCCCUUCCCUCCCCCCGCCUCCCUCUUUUCCCACCACAAUGAGCUCCUAAGAUGGCGGUUGGGCCGCAGGCGCCGAGAUAAUUCUUGAUUAAUGGGACAAUAUGGCCACCGGAGGAGGUCCUUUUGAAGAAGGCAGGAAUGGUCAAGAUUUGCCAAACUGGAGUAAUGAGAGUGUGGACGACCGACUGAACAAUAUGGACUGGGGUGGCCAACAAAAAAAAGCAAACAGAUCAGCAGAGAAAAACAAGAAGAAAUUUGGUGUAGAGAGUGAAAAGAGGGUAACGAAUGACAUUUCCCCUGAGUCGUCCCCAGGAGUUGGACGGAGAAGGACAAAGACUCCUCACACUUUUCCUCACAGUAGAUAUAUGACACAGAUGUCUGUUCCUGAGCAAGCAGAAUUAGAGAAACUAAAGCAGAGGAUCAAUUUCAGCGACUUAGAUCAGAGGAGCAUUGGAAGUGAUUCCCAAGGUAGAGCAACAGCAGCAAACAACAAGCGCCAACUGGCAGAAAACAGAAAGCCAUACAACUUUUGGUCAAUGCAGAUUAAUACAAACAAAAGCAAGGAUGUUGGUACAAGUCCUCAAGCAAGGGAAACCAGUGGGUCAUCUCAGUGUAAAGAGCUGUUUGCAUCGGCUUUGAGUAAAGAUCUUUUACAAAACUGUCAAGUCUCUGAAGAAGAUGGGAGAGGAGAACCUGCAAUGGACAGCAGCCAGGUUGUGAGCAGGCUGGUUCAGAUUCGUGACUAUAUUGCCAAGGCUAGUUCCAUGCGGGAUGACCUUGUAGAGAAAAAUGAGAGAUCCGCUAAUGUCGAGCGCCUCACACACCUCAUAGACCAUCUUAAAGAGCAAGAAAAGUCCUACCUGAAAUUUCUGCAAAAGAUGCUUGCUAGAGAAAAUGAGGAGGAGGAUGUUCGGACUAUAGAUUCCGCUGUGGGAUCUGGUUCUGUAGCUGAGAGCACAUCACUAAACGUAGAUGUGCAGUCUGGGGCUUCAGACACCACGGCCAGAGAUCCCCAGCAGGAGCCAAGGGAAGAGCUGGAAAAUUUGAAGAAACAACAUGAUUUGUUAAAAAGAAUGUUACAACAGCAGGAGCAAUUGAGAGCUUUACAAGGAAGGCAAGCUGCCCUCCUGGCUCUGCAGCACAAGGCUGAACAAGCCAUUGCCGUGAUGGAUGAUUCCGUGGUAACAGAAACCACGGGCAGCAUAUCUGGAAUAAGUAUAACAUCAGAACUCAACGAAGAACUCAAUGAUCUAAUCCAGCGUUUUCAUAAUCAACUUCAUGACUCUCAGGCCCCAGCUGUUCCAGAUAAUAGGAGACAAGCAGAAAGCCUUUCCUUAACCAGGGAGGUUUCCCAAAGCAGGAAUUCAUCUGCCUCAGAACAUCUGUCUGAUGAGAAAGUUCAACUUUUUAGCAAAAUGCGAGUGUUGCAAGAAAAGAAACAGAAAAUGGAUAAAUUACUUGGGGAACUUCACACACUGCGUGAUCAACACUUGAAUAACUCUGCUUUUUUGCCUUCUCCUUCCCCUCAGAGGAGUGUGGAUCAAAGGAGCACAGGUUCAGUGGCCUCUGCCCCAGUGGGCUUGGUCCCAGCCACCAAUGGAGAGUCUGCCAGUCAUGCCCCCUCAGCUGCUUAUCCUCCUGACACUGUGGUUUCUCAGAAUGAAAGUGAGAAUGAGGAGCGUCUGAACCCUUCAGAAAAGCUCCAAAAAUUGAAUGAAGUUCGGAAAAGACUGAAUGAAUUAAGGGAAUUAGUUCAUUAUUAUGAACAGACAUCAGACAUGAUGACCGAUGCUGUGAAUGAGAACACCAAGGAUGAAGAAGAGACUGAGGAGUCUGAAUAUGACUCUGACCAUGAGAACCCUGGACCUGUGACCAACAUCCGAAACCCCCAGGGUGCUGCAGGAUGGACAGAAGUUAACAGCAACACAAAUGCCCAGUGUGUCACCAACAACAGGGAUAGCCGAUCACUCACUACAAACUGUGAAAUCAACAAUAGAACUGCAGCAAACUUAUGUCCUCGGAACAUGUCAUCCUCUCUCGAAUGUCGCUAUAACAGAGAGGGAGAACAAGAUAUUGAAGGAGGGCAUGGUGAAGAUGAGGAGGAAGAGGAAGAAGCAGAAGAGGAUGGAGGCAGUGAAGCCUCCUUAUCCAGUCAUAGAAGUAGCCUGGGGGAUGACGCUCCUGAGGAUGCUGAAUUCGAGCACAAAAUCAGCAGACUUAUGGCUGCCAAGCAGAAACUGAGACAGUUACAGGAUCUGGUUGCUAUGGUACAGGAUGAUGAUGGAGAGCCUGGAGCCACCCCUGCCAGCGCAUCUAACUUAGGGGACUUCUUUCCAGUAGAAGAGCAAGAGGCUAAGCAGCGCUCUAAUAACACAAGAGCCAACACCAGUAAAACCCAGAAGGAUACUGGGCUCAAUGGAAAGGCAAGAGAGAAAUUCUAUGAAGCCAAAUUGCAGCAGCAGCAGAGAGAGCUCAAACAGCUGCAGGAAGAGAGAAAGAAGCUGAUUGAGAUUCAGGAAAAAAUACAAGCACUCCAGAAGGCGUGUCCUGACCUUCAGCUUUCUGCUGCCAAUGUGAGUAACUGUGGCACUUCCAAGAAGUACACACCAGCUGUGACCUCAACCCCAGCUGUGAAUGAGAGCCAGAAUAGCCCCACAAACAAAUCAGGAUUUGUUGCAGAAGAUCCUUCGGCCACAGUGGCGGUGGCUGCAGAUAAUGAGUUGUGGUCAGAGAUGCGAAGACAUGAGAUUUUAAGGGAAGAAUUGCGACAAAGAAGAAAACAGCUUGAAGCACUCAUGGCUGAGCACCAGCGGAGGCGAGAUUUAACAGAGACAGCAUCCACAGCUGCAGUUUCAGUCAGAAGUGAUGGCUCUGAGAAUCCAUGCACUCCACAGCAAAGCAGAACAGAGAAAACAAUGGCAACAUGGGGAGGUUCUACCCAGUGUGCCCUGGAUGAAGAAGAAGGUGAUGAAGACGGCUAUCUUUCUGAUGGAGUUGUUCGAGGGGAAGAAGAGGAGGAGGAGGAAGAACAAGAUGCCAGCUCAAAUGAUAACUUUCCUGUGUAUCCUCCUAACAGUGUGACUCAUAAUCCAUAUGGUGUAAAGGAAAACAAGGAUAGGUGGAAGGCCAGCCGCCCUCUUUCUGCAGAUGGAAAUUACCGUCCCCUGGCCAAGGCAAGGCAACAGAAUGUCAGUAUGCGGCGUCAGGAGAACCUCCGCUGGGUGUCGGAACUCUCGUAUGUAGAAGAGAAGGAACAGUGGCAGGAACAAAUCAAUCAGCUCAAGAAGCAGCUGGAUUUCAGCGUCAGCAUUUGCCAGACUCUGAUGCAAGAUCAGCAGACUCUGUCCUGUUUGCUGCAGACCCUGCUCACAGGGCCAUACAGUGUCAUGCCCAGCAACGUAGCAUCGCCCCAGGUCCAUCUCAUCAUGCACCAGCUAAACCAGUGCUAUACUCAGUUAACAUGGCAGCAGAAUAACGUUCAGAGGCUGAGACAGAUGCUGAGUGAGUUGAUGCGCCAACAGGAACACCGGGGGCCGGAAAAGGCAGGCAGGAAGGGGCGUGGCAGCAGCGCGCCACCACCACCUUCUCCAACUUUGUUCUGUCCCUUCAGCUUCCCUGCCCAGCCCAUGAGUCUCUUUAAUCUUCCAGGACUGUCCCAUUUCUCUUCAUUUGCACCAGGUAUGAAUUUCAAUCCUUUAUUCACAUCUAAUUUUGGAGAUUUUGCACAAAAUAUCCCUACACCCAAUGAUCAACAGCAACCUGCAGAUCAGAAUAUUCCAGGAAAAACUGAAUAUGUGGCAUUUCCAAAACCCUUUGAAAGCAGUUCCUCCAUUGGUGCUGAAAAGCAAAGAAAUCAGAAGCAACCUGAAGAGGAAGUGGAAAACAGUAGACCAGCAUGGCUCUUUGAGCAAGAAGGUGGUCUUGAGAAGCCAUUCAUCAAGACUGGCUUUGCAGUGUCUGUACAGAAAACUGCUAAUAACAGUCGUCAAAAUCAGCUUGAUGCCACUGCAGCCACCGCCACUGCUGCCACCAGCAGGAGAAGACGACAGUUUGAUGAGGAGUCUUUGGAGAGCUUCAGCAGCAUGCCUGACCCUGUUGACCCAACCACAGUCACAAAAACAUUCAAGACCCGGAAAGCAUCUGCCCAGGCCAGCCUGGCCUCCAAGGACAAGACCCCCAAAUCAAAGAUGAAGAAGAAGAAUUCAACGCAGCUAAAAAGCAGAGUGAAAAACACUGGGUAUGAAAGUGCCAGUAUGUCUAGUACGUGUGAGCCUUGCAAGAGUAGGAACAGGCAUGCAGCCCAGACCGAGGAGCCUGUUCCAGCAAAAGUAUUCAGCAGAAAGAAUCAUGAGCAGCUGGAAAAAAUUAUAAAAUAUAGUCGAUCAACAGAGAUGUCCUCAGAAACUGGAAGUGAUUUUUCUAUGUUUGAAGCUUUGAGGGAUACUAUUUAUUCCGAAGUAGCAACGUUGAUUUCUCAAAAUGAGUCCCGUCCUCAUUUUCUCAUUGAGCUUUUCCAUGAACUGCAGCUACUGAACACAGACUAUUUGCGGCAGAGGGCGCUAUAUGCAUUACAGGACAUAGUCAACAGGCAUAUUUCUGAGAGUAAUGAAAAAGGCGGUGAAAAUGCCAAAUCAGUGAAUUCUGCUACUUGGAUAGCCUCAAACUCAGAACUUACUCCCAGUGAAAGCCUUGCCACUACUGAUGAUGAAACUUUUGAGAAGAAUUUCGAAAGAGAAACAUGUAAAAUGAGUGAGCGAAAUGACGCUGAUAACGCCAGUACUCUGUCUACAUCAUCUAAUUUUGAGCCCUUUGCCACUGAUGACCUUGGCAACACCGUGAUCCACUUGGACCAAGCAUUGGCUAGAAUGAGAGAGUAUGAGCGAAUGAAAAUUGAGGCUGAAAGUAACCUGAGUGCAGAGGGUGCUGGGGCCACCGCCGCCACCACAGCCUCCCCCUCUGCCACCACUGCCUCCACCUUAGAAGAAUCCCCAAAGACUGAGACUCGUAGUGCCCAACAACCUAUCAGUGAAGUUGCCACAGUUCCUUGUCCUCGAAUUGACACUCAGCAGCUUGACCGGCAAAUCAAAGCCAUUAUGAAAGAGGUCAUUCCUUUUUUGAAGGAGCACAUGGAUGAGGUGUGUUCUUCACAGCUUCUGACUUCAGUGAGACGCAUGGUUCUGACCCUCACACAGCAAAAUGAUGAGAGCAAAGAAUUUGUGAAUUUCUUUCACAAGCAGCUUGGGAGCAUUCUACAGGAUUCACUGGCGAAAUUUGCUGGCAGGAAACUGAAGGACUGUGGUGAGGACCUUCUGGUGGACAUAUCGGAAGUUUUGUUUAAUGAAUUGGCUUUCUUCAAGCUGAUGCAGGACCUGGAUAGUAACAGUGUCUCUGUGAAACAAAGAUGCAAAAGGAAAAUGGAGGCGGCUGCAGUGAUACAGUCUUAUGCAAAAGAGGCAAAAAGAAUUCUUGAGGGAGAUCUUGGCUCACCUGCUGGAGAAAUUGAUGAUGAAGAUAAAGACAAGGACGAGACUGAGACAGUGAAGCAGGUGCUGCCACCACCACCGCCACCACCUGAGGUGUAUGAUGGUAAUGAGGCACCUAAGAACACAAGGUCCGACGUGUCCGAUCAGGAGGAAGAUGAAGAGAGCGAAGGCUGUCCUGUGUCCAUUAAUUUGUCCAAAGCAGAAACCCAGGCUUUAACAAAUUACGGGAGUGGAGAAGAUGAGAAUGAGGAUGAAGAGAUGGAGGAAUUUGAAGAAGGGCCUGUGGAUGUCCAGACUUCCCUUCAGGCUAACAAUGAAGUGCCAGAGGAGAAUGAGCAAGACCAGGUUCUACAGAAUGAAUUUGAGAAACCCCUGGAAAAUGAAAGUAUUCCAGCAGAGCAGGAACCUGCUAAUGGCCAGAGUAGCAAUAAAGGUGACCACGAUGAUUCUCCCACGAUGCCUUGCUACCUUAAUGUGUUGGACAAUGAACCACAGCUAAGUGGCCCAUCCCCUCUAGACUCCACAAGGACCCCUGUGGGGCCCCCAGAAGAGCUGAAGCCUUCUUUACCCAUCACUGAAGUGGAACCCUCCAUGCCCAGAAACACCCAAGUAAAAUCUGCCUCAGAAACUCCGGAGAGCUCAGUGGCCGGAAGUCCUGACACUGAGUCACCAGUGUUGGUGAACGACUAUCAGGAAGCAGGAUCUGGUCAUUUAAGUCAAAAGUCUGAUGAAGAGGACUUUGUGACCGUGGAAGAUUUGCCUCUUAAGCUGACCAUUUAUUCUGAGGCAGAUCUAAUGAAGAAAAUAGCAGUCGAGGAACAGAGUAACCAUUUAUCUGAGGAAAUAUUAACGGUGACUCAUACUGAAGAAUUGGCUGGGGACCCUCAGACCCUCAAAGAACCUGAAACUGUCACAGCCCAAAACGUGGGAGAGCUCUCCAGCUGCCUGCCUUCCCCUGCCCCUCCACCAAUGCAUAUAUCCCAUGGGCAUUAAAUAAACUUGUUUCCAUCUGUACAAAAAUGUAAAUUAGUUUUUGACCCACUGCCUUUUAGAAUAGGGAACGCUCACUUCUUCUGCUCAGGCAGGUCACACACACGUCGUUGGAGAUGGGAUCCUCCCUAGAUUCGAGUCUUGCUGCACUGUUCUCUUUUUUAUUUUUUCAUUGUGAUUUGUUUAGUAACUUUAAACUUAAAAUGUAGUUUUAAAUAAAGUUUGGACUUGUCUGUAAA